UCUGUAGCAAGUAAUCGCAGCAAAGCUUCCUUCGUCCAUGGAGAAUGCAGAUGUGGUCUGGAUGCACCCUUGAUGACUUCAUGGACAGAUGCUAACCCAGGACGCCGUUUUUAUGGGUGUGGGAUGUACAAGAUCCAAGGGUCCAAACGAUGCAACCAUUUUGUUUGGUAUGAUGAAGAGAUGGGAGCAAGAGUAAAGGAUAUGAUUUCUACACUAAAUCAGAGACUGAUAAGUGCAAAGGUGACUAUUGAAGAAGGGAAGAAAGUAGAAGAUGAGUUGAAUAAGCAGAUUAAGGAUUUGAAGAUGAAGAUAAAAAAUUUGAAGAUUUUGAUUGUUAUUAUUCUUGUGUGCAGUGUUGGUAGCAUUAGUAUUAGGUUGUUGUAAUUUCAAUACCAAAUUUGUAUGAGGAAGAGUA